CCAGUGAGGGAGGGACAUAGCAAAACCGAGGCGAAGAAGGAGGGAGCAAUGUCAACAGCUCCAGUCCUUGUGCAGUCAGCUGAAACGCAGGCUCUGGCGCAGUAGCCGAGAGGAAAGUGGCAGCUCAGGCUGGGGCAGGAAAAUCUCUGCAUUCAAGUAUUCCUCAAGUAAAUUCUCCAGGCCGAAGACGGAUCCACACUCAGCGGAAGGAUUUUAUAAAUUAAAGAGCUUUGAAGUUUUACAGCAACGUUUAAAAGGUUCCUGGGUUCUUGCUCAGGGUACGAGUGAAGAAUGCGAGAUGAAAGAUCUUUUAGAAAGUGAUCAUGCAACCUAGAUAGCAGACUCGGCUAGUUUGGCCCAUCCAGCUCGGAGAGGAUGCCUCCCCGGAAGCGCACCAGGCCCACCCUGGGCUUUCUAUGCUGCUUUGGCAGCAGCGAGCCCCCUGAGAUUAACCUAAAGGACAGCGUUCCUCUACAGCUUAUUGAGUUCAGCACCCCCAUGCCACCGGAGGAGGAACUGCAUGCACGCUUCUCUGAACUAGUGGAUGAACUGGAUCUUACAGACAAGAACAGGGAGGCCAUGUUUGCCCUGCCUGCAGAGAAGAAAUGGCAGAUCUAUUGCAGCAAGAAAAAGGAACAAGAGGAUCCCAACAAACUCGCUACCAGCUGGCCCGACUACUACAUCGACCGUAUCAACUCCAUGGCUGCUAUGCAGACACUUUUUGCAUUUGACGAGGAAGAGAUGGAAAUGAGAAAUAAAGUGGUGGAAGAUCUGAAAACAGCACUUCGUACACAGCCUAUGAGGUUUGUGACACGUUUUAUUGAACUGGAUGGUCUGACGUGUUUGCUCCACUUCCUGAAGAGCAUGGACUUCGAGACAUCCGGGAGCCGCAUCCACACCUCCGUCAUCGGUUGCAUUAAAGCACUGAUGAACAACUCUCAGGGCCGGGCGCAUGUGCUGGCUCAUCCUCAGAGCAUCAACACCAUCUCACAGAGUCUGCGGCAGGACAACAUGAAAACCAAGGUGGCCGUACUGGAGAUCCUGGGUGCUCUCUGCCUGGUACCCGACGGUCAUAAGAAAGUGCUGCAGGCCAUGGCGCACUACCAGAAAUAUGCUGCAGAGAGGACGCGCUUUCAGACUCUUCUACAUGAGUUGGACAGAAGCACAGGGCGCUACCGGGACGAGGUCAACCUGAAAACUGCCAUCAUGUCUUUUAUCAAUGCUGUGCUAAAUGCAGGACCUGGAGAGGACAGCCUUGAGUUUAGACUCCAUCUGAGGUAUGAAUUCCUGAUGUUGGGGAUUCAGCCGGUCAUUGACAAACUAAGAGGUCACGAAAAUGCAACACUCGACAGACAUUUGGAUUUUUUUGAGAUGGUGCGAAAUGAGGAUGACUGUGAAUUGGCUAAACGCUUUGACAUGACACAUGUGGAUACGAAGAGUGCCAGCCAGAUGUUUGAUCUAAUUAAGAAGAAGUUAAGCCACACAGAUGCCUAUCCUUACCUCUUGUCUAUUCUCCAGCAUUCUCUGCAGAUGCCAUAUAAACGUAGCGCUGGGGCUGUACAGCAGUGGCAGCUUCUGGACCGAAUCCUUCAGCAGAUUGUGCUGCAGGAUGACAAAGGAGAAGACCCAGACGUUUCACCCUUAGACAAUUUUAACGUCAAGAACAUCAUUCGAAUGCUUGUCAACGAGAAUGAGGUGAGACAGUGGCGAGAUCAGGCCGAAAAAUUCAGGAAAGAGCAUGUAGAGCUUUUUGGCCGGCUGGAGAGGAAGGAGCGAGAGUGUGAGAUUAAAGCUCAAGAGAAGGAAGAUAUGAUGAAGACUCUGAAUAAGAUGAAAGAUAAGUUGCAGAGAGAGGGGGUAGAGCUGCGUUCUGCCAGGGAGCAAGUCCUAGACCUGUCCUCUCGCAUUAACGACAUCUCUAAUGGAAGUAUGGCAUUCCUUCCUCCUCCCCCUCCACCUGGAGGUCCAGUGGCUCCUCCUCCUCCACCAGCGAUGGCCAAUUUCCCCCCUCCUCCUCCUCCUCCUCUUUCAUUCUCUACAUCUGCCCCUCCUCCACCCCCACCUCCUCCUGGGGCUCCACCUCCUCCCCCAGGAGCCCCACCUUUCUUCAGCGGCCCUCCACUUCCACCAGCAACUUCAUCCUUCAGCAGCGGCACAAACCUGCGCACCAAGAGCAUCCCACAGCCGUCACACCCACUCAAGUCUUUCAACUGGGCCAAACUGGGCGAGAACAAGAUCACUGGUACCAUCUGGCACGAGAUUGAUGACCUGAAGGCCUUUAAAGUUCUCGAUCUGAAGGAUAUUGAAAAGAUGUUCUCAGCCUAUCAGCGGCAGCAAGAGCUGCUCACUAACCAAUCCUUAAAGCAGAAGGAGACGGGCUCCAUGGAUGACCUGUACCUGACCUCAAGGAAAGUGAAGGAGCUAUCUGUCAUAGAUGGGCGACGAGCACAGAACUGUGUUAUCUUGCUCUCCAAGUUGAAAAUGAGCAAUGAGGAGAUCAAAAGAGCCAUUCUGGAAAUGGAUGAAAGAGAAGAGCUGGCUAAAGAUAUGUUAGAGCAGCUGUUGAAGUUUGUUCCAGAAAAAAGUGAUAUUGACGUGCUGGAGGAGCACAAGCAUGAGCUGGACCGCAUGGCACGUGCCGACCGCUUCCUCUACGACAUGAGCAGGAUUGACCACUACCAGCAGAGGCUUCAAUCCCUGUUUUUCAAAAAAAAGUUUGCAGAAAGAAUUGCAGAGAUCAAGCCAAAAGUGGAGGCUAUCCUGUGUGGAUCCCGUGAGGUGGUACGAAGUAAGCGUCUUAAACAGAUCUUGGAGGUGGUUCUGGCCUUGGGGAACUUCUUAAAUAAAGGGCAGAGAGGGAAUGCCUUUGGCUUCAAAGUGUCCAGCCUGAACAAGAUUGUAGACACGAAGUCAAGCAUAGACAGGAACAUCACCAUGUUGCACUACCUGAUUAUGAUCUUUGAAAAGAAUUACCUAGACACCCUUAACGUUCAGCAGGAUCUGCUCAGCGUACCUGAGGCGGCCAAAGUAAAUCUAUCUGAACUGGAGAAGGACGUCUAUAGUAUAAAGAGUGGACUGAAGGCUCUGGAAGCAGAGCUGCAGUACCAGCAGAGCCAGGCACGAGACCGAGGGGAUAAGUUUGUACCUGUGGUCAGCGACUUCAUCACGGUGGCUAGUUUUAGCUUCUCUGAGCUGGAAGAUCUGCUGAAUGAGGCAAAAGACAAGUUUACCAAGUCCUUAAAGCACUUUGGAGAGGAGCAGGGCCGCAUGCAGCCAGACGAGUUCUUUGGGAUCUUCGACACGUUCCUGCAAUCAUUCAGUGAGGCUCGACAGGACCUGGAGAACAUGCAACGUCGCAAAGAGGAGGAGGAGAAAAGAGCUCGCAUGGAAGCCAUGUUGAAGGACCAGAGGGAGCGAGAGAGAAGAGCGAAGAAGUCUGUGGGAGGGAGCGUAUCCGAGGAGGUGGGCGAAUUCGACGACCUAGUGUCCGCUCUUCGCUCUGGAGAAGUGUUUGAUAAGGACCUGUCAAAGCUGAAACGCAACCGCAAGCGCUCGGUUCAACUCUUGGAGAGUGGCGGACGUGAAAGGCCAGUCACCAAGGUCAACUAUUGACCUUGUGGAGAAAAGUUUUGUUCAUAGACUUUAUUUAAGUAAAAGUUUAAACUGCCAUCCAGCUCUUCUUUACCCCAAAUCUUGUCUUAAUCCAUGACUUACAAGCUAAAGACAGAUCAGACGGUUCUCUGUUGUUUGGAAUUUACACAACACUGUGUUUAACCUUGUAAUUGAUCCAAGUCCUGCAUGGUCUUCCUCCAGUAGUUCAUUCCUUCAAGUCAAAAUGUAGCCUCGUAUUACCAAGCAUUAUGGACAUUGCCCUUGGUGAGCCAUAACCAGUAGCACUGGCUGGGACAGACUAGUUUUGGUUUGAAAUGUGGGGCAAUUAUUAACCACCUCUGGAAAAGACACUGCCAGGUUUUGUUAGGUGCUGAUACCCCAUGUGCCUCUCUUCACCUAUAUUUCUCCGGUGCUUUAAUUUAAAGGACCGCUGUCAUACAUUAAACUAACAAGAGAAAGAGAAAUGUAUUACUAUACCUGGAAACUACACAAAGAACCCCAGUUGGCGUACAUGGAACGACACAGAGGAAACAGUAACCCACUGGCCUACAUGGAACUACCGAGUAAGACUGAGAACCCCAUACAUGCAGGAUUUAACCCAUCUAACAAAGGAUUAAUCUGAUCAUUUCAGAAAGUUUGUAUAUAUGGAGACAAGCAGAUGAAGGAGGAGGAGAACCCCUAAACAUCAGAAAUGCCAGCUUGGACAACAGGACACUGGUCUCAGCCAGGUUGGCUGUAGUACCCAUUUUUAAAGUGCCUCCCCAAACAGAUUGCAUUCCCAAGGAUGGCUUUUGAGACGGUGAUGCCAACAAAGCACAGCACUUUUGGGGGUAAAUACAGUGAACUACCGAAAUGAUUUAAGAAUGAAGUUCAUUGCCAAGAACAGAUGCUGAAAGUUUUGUGGUGACGUUGAUGAAUGCCAAAGCCAAACAGGAAAAAUAUUUAGUUCACAAUAACAAGUGCGAGUAGAACUGCAUUUCUAUAUGUAUUUAUACAUAGAAGCAAA